AUGUUUAAAGGAAUCGUGAUUGACGCGCCGAGAAGAAGGAAGCAAAAUGUUGUCUUGCCUUUAAUGGUUCUAUUUUUGACGUGUUUAGCGUUUCCUUUUGCGAUAAUUCUUAGAAUAGAAUUUAUUUUCGAUGGAAGUUUAACGAAUUUUGUCGUUUUAGAGAGUUUAAAUCUUAUUGAUACAACUCCAUUUUAUCCCGAAACAGCAUUAACCAAAAAAUCCUUCAUAAUUCAAGGAAAUAAAGAAAAAAUUGAUAAAUACGUUAAUAAUGUCGGUGGAAGGAAAAUUACAGCGUGGGUCUUCAUGCAACUUUCAUCACUAUCCAGAACAAACAUUACUUAUUACGUUUUACAAAACGUUUAUGUAAAUCCAGCUGGCGGAUGGUCAGAUGGACGUUCAAUUAUCCAAUAUCCACAAACGGUUGGAGUACCUCGAUUUAAUACUAAGAGUGGACCCGUUACUCAAAGAGUUGAUGAUUUAAUAUGUCUAGGAAAUGAAUGGUGUUAUGUAUUUGCUCACUUUGUCUUAGAUGUCCUUUCUUAUCUCGUUUACAUACCAUUAGAAGUCAGAAAGAACUCAUAUUUCUUAAUAUUAUCAACUUCAAGUGUUUACAGAGAGUUUCUUACACAACUCGAUAUCGAAGAUUCAAAAAUAUUAUGUCCUGGAAGAUCCUUUAUAUUUGCUUCGCGAUUUCAUACGAUAAUUUCAUCAGAAUCAAUUCACGGUUGUUUUGUUGAAGGAUUACCAAAAGUUUCAGAAACAAUAAGGAAGAAAUUUAAAUGUGAAAACGUAAAACCAGAAUUCCUUGGCUUCUACAAUCGUCCAAAGAACAGAAAUCGACAUAUCUUGGAAUUUCCAGAACUCGUCAAAGCAUGUCAAAAACAUUUCGAAGGGAAUAUAGAUGUCCGAGAACUAGCAGAAUACAAGAGUUUGGAAGAAGCCGUGAAACAAUAUUCUCCAAUCAAAAUCUUUUUCUCUCCAACAGGUUCUAGCAUCAUCAACUGCAUGUUCAUGGCUGAGAACACAGGUAUCGUGUGUUGUUUGGGCGAUUUAAACGAUCCUCCAGCUGAAUGUGCCGCAAAAGUGUUACAUAAGUGGAUGAUAACGGUUGCUGUCCCUGGAAUGAAACACCACGCUGCAGACAAAGGCUCUCUUCCUCAUGAAUCUGCAAUUAAAUCAAUUGAAGCAGUGAUGUACGCAAUUGAGCACCAAGAAUGGCAGAAUAACCUAUAA